AUGAAACUCUUUUUAGUUUUAAUAAUAGUCUCAUUGAUAUCCAUUAUUAAUGGGGCUCAAUAUAUAAACUUCCAACCAUUUUCAGCAAGUGGAUGUAAAGGUCAAUCAGCAGGUAUCGGAUAUUCAAUUCUAGUAAAUGAAUGUAUUUCAUACGAUCAAAAUACUACAUUUAUUUUCGAAUCCAAUAAUAAAAAUCAAAUUAAAUGGUCAAAAUUUUCAAAAUAUACUGGUGAUAAUGAUUGCCAAAAUACACCAAUUUCACAAGGUACUUUCAAAAAUAAUGCAUGUAUUAAAAAUAAUAACAUUGCAUUCGACUCAGCUUCACUCCCAGUUACCAAUGGUUUUUACAAAACCAGUAUCACAAACGAACCAGUUAUUUUAGAUAAUACCUAUGUCAAACAAUACAUGGUCGAAGAUUGCACUUCAAGCAAUGUUGUUAUGUUAGAUUAUUUUACCAAUGGUACCAAAGCAGUUUAUAACAGUACUGGUGUUCCAUAUAGCUAUUUCUGCAGUCAACAAAAUAAACCAUAUACCUAUACCUGCUCAAUUUGGGGAUGUUUCCCAUCAAUUACUGCUACUAAUUGUCAAUCAGUAUCACCAUUCUCAAACUCAUCAUCUGAAUAUUAUUAUUCAGUUUAUUGUAAUACAAACUAA